GAGCCGUGGGCGGCGUGGCGCUGCUAGCAGGGCGCAGGGCCGGAGGUGCUGGGGAUCGGCGCGGCUUAGCCCUCGGAGCUGCGGUGUAACGCUCGGGAAAGCUCAGCUUCACGGGCAGAAGCAUCGGGCGGAGGCGGCCACCACCGGCUAGUGCUGGGCCUCGGGCCGAGUGGGGCCGAGAGCUGCGGGAGUAAGCGGCGGCGCGGGUCCGGAGCGCUGCGCGCCAUGGCGGGCGGGCCCCCCAAGGCCCUGCCGUCCACGGGGCCCCAGUCCUUGCGCGACAUGCCGCACCCGCUAGCCGGCUCCAGCAGCGAGGAGGCCGUGGGAGGCGACAGCACGCCCAGCCCGGACCUACUGAUGGCCCGCAGCUUCGGUGACAAGGACCUCAUCUUGCCCAAUGGUGGUACUCCAGCAGGCACUUCCAGCCCAGCUUCUUCAUCUUCCCUUCUGAACAGACUUCAGCUCGAUGAUGACAUUGAUGGUGAGACCAGAGAUCUCUUUGUCACAGUUGACGAUCCCAAGAAGCACGUCUGCACAAUGGAGACCUACAUCACAUACAGGAUCACCACCAAAAGCACACGGGUGGAGUUUGACUUGCCAGAAUAUUCUGUUCGUCGACGGUACCAGGAUUUCGACUGGCUGAGGAACAAACUGGAAGAAUCGCAGCCCACUCAUCUCAUUCCCCCACUUCCUGAGAAGUUUGUGGUGAAGGGCGUCGUGGAUCGCUUCUCAGAAGAGUUUGUGGAGACCAGAAGAAAAGCGCUGGACAAAUUCCUAAAAAGGAUUACAGAUCACCCUGUGCUCUCUUUCAAUGAACACUUCAAUGUGUUCCUCACUGCUAAGGACCUGAAUGCCUACAAGAAGCAGGGGAUGGCAUUGCUGAGCAGAGUGGGUGAGUCAGUCAAGCACGUCACCGGAGGCUAUAAGCUGAGGAGUCGGCCUCUGGAGUUUGCUGCCAUCAGUGACUACUUAGACACUUUUGCACUCAAACUGGGGACCAUUGAUCGGAUAGCCCAGCGGAUCAUCAAAGAAGAAAUAGAGUACCUCGCAGAGCUGAGGGAGUGUGGACCUGUGUAUUCCACGUGGAGCGCCUUGGAAGGUGAGCUGGCGGAGCCCCUGGAGGGCGUGUCAGCCUGCAUUGGGAACUGCUCCACAGCCUUGGAAGAGCUGACAGAUGACAUAACAGAAGAGUUUCUGCCUGUGCUCAGGGAAUACAUUCUGUACUCUGACUCCAUGAAGAGUGUACUGAAGAAGAGGGACCAAGUUCAAGCAGAGUACGAAGCCAAACUGGAAGCUGUGGCUCUGAGGAAGGAAGAGCGCCCCAAGGUGCCAGCAGAUGUGGAGAAGUGCCAGGACAGGGUGGAGUGUUUCAACGCCGACCUGAAGGCUGAUAUGGAGAGGUGGCAGAGCAACAAGCGGCACGACUUCCGGCAGCUGCUCGUGGGUUUGGCUGACAAGAAUAUCCAGUAUUAUGAGAAGUGCCUCAUGGCGUGGGAGUCCAUUAUUCCACUACUGCAAGAGAAACAAGAGGCCAAGUAGCUUUGGUUCCGGAACAGAGACUCUUCUGCCUCCACAGGGCAUGGUACCCUGAACCAGAAUGUCCCUGCAGUGCCGGAGAGGUCGCCGUGGGAAAGCAGCACAACAGCACCUCUUGUGUUUGUACUUUCUACCCCCGCCCACAGUUGUUUUCAGUUAGUAUUUAUUCCUUGGAAUCUAUGAGGCUAUAAUCAUCUCUCAACAGAAGCAUACCUCCGAAUCGUGAAGGAACCUCUUAAAUGGAACACUAAAAGACUUGAAACUGAGGGGCAGGAUAACCCCCAUAUGACACGUGACAACACUUUGGGGACAGCUCAGUUGCCAUUGUGGGACAGAACCCCAGUCCUGUGUUUCAGGGACAUGGGGAGAUAUGAAGAAAGCAGCUGCGGCUUGCUGUGGAGACCCUGUGGCUCUGCACUUUACCCGUGAGGGCAUUAACCUGACCCAGCAUGGAAGGAGGUGUGGGUACCUUCUCAGAAUGUCCUUAAUUUACAGUGGCCUGUGGCUGUGGCUGUGGCUGUAGCUGUGGCCUGCUGCCUGCUUGUGACGAGUGGCCUCUGUUGACUUGUUUCUGGUUCACAUGGAGCCACCUGAAUCCGUGUCUGUGAGGAUCGACGCUUGAGUGAGCAAGCCAGCGUCCUUGUCCUUACGGGAUGCCUCAGGAUCUUGUUUCUGACACCAGAAUGCAGCAGACCAGAAGCUUUUUGGUGUGAACU